UAUUUCGCACACCCGUGCCUUACAGAAUCAUGACUUGCCAAUGCCCGGCACCUCCCGAGCCGCUGCCAAGCGCUGAACGACACUUCAAGCUUCUCCACGCUGCAGGCUGCAGCUACAAGGCACACUAGCGUAAUUGCUGAAGGUGCAAAUCAGUUCAUACGUAAUUGUGGAUUUUGGGGGAAACUGCACCUCGCUUCUCCUCGGCCUGUCAUGCGAUUCCGCCAUCCCUAGGGUGGACAAUCAAGUUGCCGUUCGACUCCCAAAAUAGCAUCAUGGGGCAGGCCCAGUCAGAGGAGCGACCGAUCCCCUCGCACGAGGAGAUCACAAAGGAGCUGGCCCAUAAGUUCGCCGAGAAGUGCUUCACUUCCCUCGAGAUAUACUCGUUCAAGGAUGUCUUCAAGGGCCUGGCCGACAACCAGCAGAAUGUCCGCUACCUCAAAGAAGACACCGUCGCCCGCUUCCUCGAGAUCCCGGACAUCCUCGGCGCCUCGCCCGUCCUCUUCCAAAUGAUCUCCUACAUGGGCGCCUUCCCGUUCCUGCAGGACGCCCCCGCCGUGCUGGGCCUGGAAGAGAUGGUCAUUGUCAUUACCAUCAUGACCGAGCGGUAUAAGAGAGUCUUGGCGAAGGGCUCUACCGACCGCCGGAAGCUUCUCUACAAGAGCCUAGCUGUGUACGACCGGAAACUGUCCGAGAUGGUUGGAGGGAAGGAGAAGGCACAAUCAGGAGGAGAGCAGGCGAAACAAGAGGCUACCGAUGGGCAAGAAGCAAGAACCCACGCCACUGGGUUCGCAGUCGACGAGCCUGGGGAUGAGAGCGACGAUGUCGAUGAGGAGAACGAGGACGACGGCCUGGUCAUGGCGGCUUUUGAGUCCCUGGAUUACGUCGAUGUCUUCAAGCAUGGGAACGCGCCGACAAUCCACGGAGCCAUGAUACCGGCGGAUAACUUCCGCAAGCUGAUCAUGUUACUCCUUCUGAUUGCGCCUCUGGAACCCCAACAGAAGCUUUCCCAGCAGUCGGAUCGACUGGUCGGCGAAAGGCUGGAGGGCUUACGGACAACCGCAGAGAGCAUUCUCGCAACGUUUCUGAACGUGGAAGAAUCCCCGGGUAUUAAGUUCAAGCACUUCAACACCAUCAUCCCAGCCUCGUUCCCCUAUAUGUUCAAUGGCUUCAAUAACCUCUUCGAAAGCUUCCUCUUCUCCAAGAACCUCGACUUCACCAAGCUCAAGGACGGAACCGCCCCGCCCCGAACCCUGCAUCCCCCCGAACCCGUCCAACCGUUGCUCCAAAAUGAGGCAUCCAUCAUGAACCUCAACGUCAUGUCCCAGCUCUCCUUCUUCAUCCCCGGCUCCACGCUCUUCCGGCGGCUGCGCCUGCUCUACUCGGGCGAUGACGACGGCUUCAGCAUGGGCAGCUUCGAGACCAAGGUCUUCAACUGGCGCGCCCCCACCAUCCUGCUCGUCCGCGGCGCCCGCCUGGAGGAGGAGGACCCGGACCGCCACCGCCACCGCUCCGGCGGCGGACCCGAGUCGGCGUUCGCCGCGACCCUCCCCGCCCGGCGCUUCCCGCCUGGGACCCGGGGCGGGCCCGGCGAGGCCCUGACCUUUGGCGUCUACAUCGGCGAGCCGUGGCGGCACACGCACCGCGAGUGCUUCGGGGGCGAGGACGCGGUGCUGUUCCAGCUGGAGCCCGUGCACGACGUGUUCCGGACGUCCAGUCUCAACCGGGACUACGUCUCGUUCAGGCGGCCGUCCCCCUCGGCGCCGGCGGGGCACGCCGGUGUCUCGUUCGGGUGCCCGCCGCCGCAGCGGCCGACGUUGCAGGCGUAUGGGCGGUCGGGCGGCAGCGGCAGCGGCACCAUCAUCCCGCUCGGCCCCGUGUCGCUGGUGCUGGACGACAGCUUCGAAUUUGGCUGCUUCACACACGACCACGGCUCGCGCGGCGGCGCGUUCCGCAACAGCGUGUCGCGGAGGUUCGACUUCCAGGACCGCUUCGAGGUGCAGAGCCUGGAGGUUUGGGGCUGCGGUGGCGACGCCGAGGCCAAGAUACAGGCCGAGCGAUGGGCGUGGGAGGCUAGGGAGGCCGAGGCGCGCCGGAGGAUUAACCUCGGCACGGGAGAUAUCGAGGCCGAUCGGGCGCUGUUGGAGAUGGCUGGCCUCAUCGGGGCUAAUAGGAGUGGUGGGAGCAUGGCUUAGAAGAUGGGGACUCUCCUCAUCCGGAUGGAUAUGGAUGGAGUAUCGGAGUCUGUGUUCAGGAUCAAGCGACUAAAAUGGGAGGCCAGCACAUCGGUCUGGGUAUUCACGGUCGGGAUAUAUAUUGACAGUGAAAAGGAGUAGAA